AUAAUGCCACCUCCCAAAUUGUGACCUCCUCAUAUGCUUGCUUGCUGCUGUUCAUCUCUCUUCUCUCUCCACUUGAGAGAGUUCAUAGAUAGAUGAUCCAGAAGAGAGAGAGAGAGAGAUUAAACUUGAAUAGAAUUUGAUGGCGACCCAUCUCCCUGAUGUUUUCAAGUGUCCAAUUUCUCUUGAGAUAAUGUCUGACCCAGUCAUCCUCUCAUCAGGUCACACCUAUGAUCGUUCCUCCAUCCAACGCUGGCUUCAAUCCGGUCACCGUACUUGUCCAAUUUCCAAAUUACCUCUCUCCGACCCCCCUUCUCUCAUCCCCAAUCACGCUCUCAGAAGUCUGAUUUCCAAUUACACAACCACCGUCUCUAUUCCCCACCCAGAGAAUCCACAAACGCUACUCUCCUCACUCACAUCUCAAUAUUCCCCUCUUGAUCUCAAACUCAACUCCCUCGAUCAACUCACGCGACUCUCCAAACGCGACUCAGGUCUCCGCCGGAGGUUAACCGAAUCGGGUGCCGUUUCCGCCGUCCUAAACUGCGUCGCCUCAGAUAACCCUGUUCUUCAAGAAAGAGCCUUAACCUUACUUCUCAAUCUCAGUCUUGAUGAUGAUAAUAAGGUGGGUUUGGUGGCGGAGGGAGCAAUCGGCCGCGUUGUAUCCGCUUUAUCUUCCGCCGACGCCUCUCCCGAUACCCGGGCCGUAGCCGCGACGGUGUUGACUAGCCUAGCGGUUGUUGAGGUAAAUAAAGCGACAAUUGGUGCUUUCCCUUAUGCAAUUAAGGCUUUAACUUUGCUUCUUAGUAAUGGACAUUCCCGAGAAAGAAAAGAGGCCACUACGGCUCUUUAUACUCUAUGUUCGUUUCCAGAUAACCGGCGGCGAGCUGUUGAACAUGGGUCGGUGCCAAUAUUGAUUGGUAUUGCUGGGUCAGGGCUAGAAAGAGCGGUGGCUUUACUGGGUUUGUUGGCGAAAUGUAAGGAAGGGAGGGAAGAGAUGGUGAAAGUGGGUGAUUUUGUAGCGGUUAUUGUGAAUGUGUUGAGAAAUGGUAGCUUGAGAGGAGUUCAAUACGCUCUUAUGACUUUGAAUUCUGUCUGCUGUUACAGUGAAGAUGUGUGCUUAGAGGUUCUUAGAGAAGAAGGGGUGUUUGAGUUUUGCUUGGGAUUGCUUGAAGAUGAGAAUGAAAAGGUAAGAAGAAACGCUUCAAGUUUGAUUCAACUUCUUAGAGGAAGAAAUCUUUCAUCUUUAGGAGAAUGAGAUAGGUUUUGUUUUCAAUUAGUUUUAGUCAUUGUGCAGACUAAAGAGAUACUCUUCAUAGUCCUAGGUUUUUUUAAUGGUCUGUCGAACGUUGUUAUACCUAUAUCCCAAUAAAGAUGGCACAUUCUUGUUC